GGGUUUCACCCAUAUCUUUUGAGUCUUGUUUAACCACAAAUAGAACGAGAAUCAUAUUCUGUCUUAUCCCCUCCAUCUCCCACAACUGCUGUCCAGUCAGCUGAUUUAUCUCCAGGACUUUUUGUGCAAAGCUCCGUAAGUGAUCGGUUUUAGAGAAUUUUUUUUCCCUUCCUUUUGAUAAAAUUACUGGAUGAGUCUUCAUUCAUGUAGACAAAUACUCUUUUAUAUAUUAUCAUCAGUGCAUGUCAUUACAACAAAUAGGCUGGUUUUAGGGUGAACGGUUGCAGUAUGUACCUGCGCCUCUGAGCAAGGAUAAAUGAGGAGGCAAGGACAAAAUGUGCAUUUGUGUGGCUGUGCAUGUGAGCCUGUGUACACGCAUGAGACGGGGAGGCUGGUUUAGUAUGCUUUUGUACUUUAAAUCAUGUGGAUGCAACACGCGGCAUCAGUUCUGGCAUUUCCCUCGGCCAAUGAGGGGCGAGCUCGGCCGCCUGCAUCACCGACGUGCCGACCUGUAACGUCGGACCGGAGGCGGGGCCGACGGAGACAUUUAGUUUGACAUUGUAAAUAAGCAGAAAGCAGUUGUCAGAGAGCAGCCCGUGAAGCCUUUCUCAUCCGACCAGCGGCUGGAGGGACGGAGACCGCCAGGAAAAAGACGAUGCCAAGAAAAUUAGAAGAUGUCGGUAGAUGCGUUCGGAGCUGGACCCUGCGAUGCCCAGCAGACCCUGCAGUCCUUUUGGCCUCGAGUCAUGGAGGAGAUCAGGAACUUGACCAUAAAGGAUUUUCGUGUGCAGGAGCUUCCCCUGGCUCGAAUCAAGAAAAUCAUGAAGCUGGAUGAGGAUGUCAAGAUGAUCAGCGCCGAAGCUCCGGUCCUGUUUGCCAAAGCCGCUCAGAUCUUUAUCACAGAGCUCACCCUUAGAGCGUGGAUCCACACCGAGGACAACAAGAGGCGUACACUACAGAGGAACGACAUUGCUAUGGCGAUAACAAAGUUUGACCAGUUUGACUUCCUGAUUGACAUCGUGCCCCGGGAUGACCUCAAGCCCCCUAAACGACAGGAGGAGAUGCGUCAGUCAGUAGCUCCUGCAGAGCCGGUGCAGUACUACUUCACCUUGGCCCAGCAGCCCGGAGCUGUGCAGGUCCAAGGCACGCAACAGGGUCAGCAGGCUGGAGCGCAGACCGCCACCACCAUCCAGCCCGGACAAAUCAUAAUCACACAGCCACAGCAAGGACAGAUGUUGCAAGGUGCCACCAUGCAGCAGUUACAGCAAGUGCAGGUGCAAUCACAAGGCACACCCAUCACGAGCGCGCCCGUCGCCAUGCAGGUGGGUGAGGGCCAGCAGGUGCAGAUUGUUCAAGCCGCCGCAGCCCAGGGUCAAGCUCAGACGGCCCAAGCUCAAGGCCAAACCAUGCAGGUCAUGCAGCAGAUCAUCACCAACACAGGAGAGAUCCAGCAAAUCCCGGUGCAGCUAAAUACAGGCCAACUUCAGUACAUCCGUCUAGCACAGCCUGUCUCUGGAGCCCAGGUGGUGCAGGGACAGAUUCAAACUCUGGCAAACACACAGCAGAUCACGCAGACUGAGGUGCAGCAAGGACAGCAAUUCAACCAGUUCACUGAUGGACAGCAGCUGUACCAGAUACAGCAGGUGACAAUGCCAGCAGGACAGGAACUGACCCAGCCCAUGUUCAUCCAGUCCACCAACCAGACGGCCGACGCACAGGUCACGCAGGUCAGCACCGACUGAGUCCAACCCGGAGCCUUUCUCUGCAACAAUUAACAACACGCUCACCAGCCUGUCUGAUGCAGACAGACGUCAUCAACUUCAACAACAGAUGCUCUGAUAUGAUAUUUGGAAGAACCGCAGAUUUGAAAUGAGGGACCGGGGAAGUUGCAACAAAGCUCAUGUUUUCUAAUAAAUUUAGUUCAUCGGAUUGAAAACCAAAGGGACGCUGUUAGACUCCUAUUGAAAUUUUAUUCAGACUUUGAGCAGUUCUCUUUUUGUACUUUUCUCUCUGACAUCACAUUGUGUAAAAAAAAAAAAUAAUAAUAAUAAUUAAACCGAAGGCCUGAUUUCUGUAUUUUCUGGACUGCAAGGACUGUGUGUUGUAAAUUUGGUCCCCUGUGUCAGCCCACAGUGGACCUUCAGUCCAGAAGCUGAUUUGAUGCACUUAGUUUACAAGAGCCAUGCUGUCAUUGUAAAACAGGGGGAAAAAUGACUGUGACGUAGAAGCAGCGUACACAAAAAUACAUGCAUGUUGGCAAGGUCCCAGACGGUUUGUGAGCAGGGAAACCAAGCAGCAGCAGCCUCAGUUUCUUUCCAUCAUAACAUAUCUGAAUUUGAAAGAAACGGGAAAGUUUUGCUGCCUUUUUCACUUUCACCUGGAAGUUAACUGGGGGGAAAGAAAAAAAAAUCUGUAUUUGUAAUGUAUUUUUGGCUAGACAUAUCCCUUCACUCUGUGUUUUCUUUCACGUAGUUGGACGAAUUGAAGCCAUAUACCUCAGAUAAGGUUUAAUUAUUUACUCUGUUGGUUUAUUUUCCCACAUUGAUGAAGCACUGCUUUCUUUUGUAAGGGCUUCAAACUGUGUAGGCUAGUAGUGUGUGUGUGCCCAGUUGAGUGUGUGCGUUUGUGUUUUUGAGCAUCCACACUCGAUGUUGCUCUUCCAGACUUUUUCCUCAUCUGGCCUGAAGAGCAGAGAACCUCCACUCUGCCUUUUUAUGCAUUUUUACCCAGUGCACUCCUACCGGGAGCUUUUCCCUCUUUCGUCUUGUGCCCUGCUUGAUGUCUCAUGUACAGACACAUGACUCCAUCUGGAGAAAAAUACAACUUCUCAAUGUUUGCCCUCAUAACUUCUCCAUUGUCAUUUCUCAUUUGUACAGUAUAAAUAAUGUUUUUAUCCUUGUUGUUUUUGCAUGUAGUUUAAAUUGCCAGCAUGGCAUGUAAUAGCUCGGUACCAUUUUAUUUUUGAUGUUAAUUUUUGUAAAACAAUUCUGUUUGUGAAAUAAAAUAAAAUAAAUUGAAAAGCA